AUGUCGUCGCCCGGCCAUUCCGCCGUGCAUUCCGUACCGAAUCUCAAGCAAUUCUCAGCGAGUCAGCCGGCUAUACAUAAGUUCAGGGGCAUGCAAAUGGGAAAAUUUACUUGUUAUGGCUGUGGACGCCGGGGCCACACUCAGGCCAGCAACGAUUGUCCAGCAAAGCAAACCAAAUGCGCGAUUUGCGGAAAAGUGGGACAUUGGGCUAAACGUUGCUACAGCUCUGGACAAGCUUUCAAGCGUCGUGCGGCAAGCCCUUCGCCUGUACCAAACCCUAAACGAGUUCGAGCCAUCUCCGACGAAUCAGAUAACAGAAACGUGGAAGAUUACGUUUUCUAUGCAAUGGGUCGUAACGAAUUUGUUUUCAAAGUCGGUGGAGUUGAAAUACCCAUGACAAUCGACUCAGGAUCUGAUGCCAAUAUCAUCACAAAGAGCGUUUGGAUUGAAAUGAAGGAAGCAAAAGUGUCUGUAGAAGAAAUGAGCACUGAUAUUGAUCGUACGCUUCUUGCCUAUGCGUCGAAUGAACCAAUGCACAUCGUGGGAGACCAAACUGCUAAGGAUUUACGCGUGCUGAAGGUGGGGCUCAACAUAGGAUCGGUCGAGGUGAAGCAGGUCAAGCCGUUUCCCAAAAUUCGAGAUGUGGUGGUAGAAAUACCCAUCGAUCCAGAUGUUCAGCCUGUCCAACAGCCUUACAGGCGACCACCGAUUGCUAUGGAGGAGAAAAUUGAGGAAACAUUACGAUCGCUUUUGGAAAGAGAUAUAAUCGAACCAGCACCAGGACCAUCACCUUGGGUCUCACCACUCGUUCCAGUACUGAAGGAUUCAGAUAAAAUUAGGCUGUGCAUCGAUAUGCGGCGUGCGAACCAAGCCGUGCUACGCGAAACUCAUCCACUACCUUUGGUUGAGGAGCUAUUGGGAUCAGUCACCGGGGCUGUGAGGUUCUCCAAAAUUGACAUCAAGGAUGCCUACCAUCAGGUAGAAAUCUCGGAGCGUUCCAGACCAAUCACAACCUUCAUCACCAAAUACGGAUUGUUCAGGUAUAAACGGCUGAUGUUUGGGGUUAGCUGUGCGCCGGAAUUUUUCCAAAAGGUGAUGGAAUCAAUUCUCGCUGGUCUAGAUGGGUUAAUUGUGUACUUAGAUGAUGUCAUCAUCCAUGGUACGACGAAAAAAGAACACGAUGAGAG